UGCUGAUAUUGCGCUGUUGAAUAAUAAUGUUUCCAGCCAGCAUGAUGUCAUAGUCUUUACAAAUAUUGAUUUACCAUUUUUGCUGGUAGCAUUCGAAAUAGAAUCAUACUUAAAAGUGAAAUAAUGUGUACCAUUUGAGGUAUCGUAAAAUUCGUGUUUAAAAGCAACGUAAAACGAAAAUGUUAUUCUCAAUGUCACACAGGUGAACAUUGGUUUCAAAAUCGCUUCUCGGCCUAAAGGCUAAGAUCACAGUGUAAAAAUGUAUUGUUUCGUUAAAGAUAGCGAAAGAUAAAUCUCUCAAUAAUCAAGACUCUCAAGGCAAUAACCAUGAACGAAGAAAAAAAAACAGUUAACAAGAUUGUAUGUUAACUUUGAAAAGUAAUUGAUAUAAAAAUGUAAAUAGUGGAAUGUUAAAUUCGUUACAAUAAGUUACUGUGCGUAGCAUCAAAAAAUGUCCCGAAACAACCAAUCCGAUGAAGGAAACGAGAAGGAUGGUGAAGGUGAUGAACAUAACGUUGAGACACAGACAUUUGCAUCAGUAUUUACUGUUUUGACGCCAAAAUGCACAACGUAUGCCGGUAAUGUUGACCAAUCCGAAAACACUGACUGGUAUUACAAAUACCAAACACGGGUUACAAAAUGUGGAGAUAUGAAUCGCAUGUUUGCUAGUACUGAGUAUGACAUUCAUAUUCUUGAAAAAAGAGAUGAACAAGAACGGGUACAGAAGAAAACAUUUGUAAACUGGAUAAAUUCAUUUCUAUGCAAGCGUAACCCACCAUUAAAGAUAAACGAUCUGAUACAUGAUUUGAAGGAUGGUACAAAGUUACUGGCUUUACUGGAGGUACUUUCUGGAGAACGUUUGCCUAUGGAAAAGGGAAAAGUAUUGCGAAGACCUCACUACUUGAGUAAUAUAAACACAGCUUUGCAAUUCUUAACAAAUAAAAGAAUAAAACUCGUGAACAUCAAUCCAUCCGAUAUUGUCGACGGACGUCCAGCAGUGGUAUUAGGAUUAAUAUGGACAAUAAUACUAUACUUCCAAAUAGAAGAAAAUAGCCGUAUUUUACAUUACCUGAACGAGAAUCUCAGCGGGUCAGUGAGCAGUUUGGAUAGUGGAUCAGUUUCGCAUAUUCCCAGCCCCAGUAAGCCGUUCAUCCACUCAGUGCCUUUAAGUAUUUCCCAUCAAGAUAUGAUGAAACAGGGACCACGGAAAACUCUGCUUAGCUGGGUGAACAACGCUCUGCCCAAACAAUCUGGAUUAGAAGUACGUGACUUUGGUGCUAGUUGGCGAGAUGGAUUCGCAUUUUUGUCUCUAAUCGACGCAAUCAAGACCAAUUUGAUUAAUAUUGUUGAAAUGAAAAAAUGUAAUAACCGCCAUCGUUUGGAUACUGCAUUCAAUGUUGCUGAAACAGAGCUAGGAAUUGCUAGGUUACUCGAUGCAGAAGAUGUAGACGUUAGUUGUCCCGAUGAAAAAAGUAUAAUGACAUAUGUUGCACAGUUUUUGCAUAAAUACCCUGAUGUUAAGAAUAUCAAUUCCAAAAGUGAUAGCGAACAAGAGUUGUUAGAUCUACUCAGCUGGUUGAGAGAUAGAGUACGGUAUUACGAUACUCUUAACGGAAAUUAUCCUCUUGCAUAUGAAAAAUACGAAAAUGCUAUUGAAGAGAAAGCUGAGAAAAGUAAUAUAUAUAAAAAAUUCAAAAAUAUCUAUGCCACCAAAAGCUUGCUUGAAGUUCAAGAAUUGAACAGCUAUUGGGGACAGUUGGAGAAUCAUAUGCAGCUCUGGUUAUGGUAUCUAGACUGUAAUAUUCCGGGGCAAAUUGGUGUUAUAGGUUUAUGGUUAAGUAACGGGGAAAAGCUACUUAACGACGAUGAUAUUCCAAACAACAUGAAUGAAGAAACUGCAUCUCUCAUAAGCAAGAAGCUUGAAGCACAUAAACAAUUUUUUAUGGCGUAUCCUGAGGUACUGGAAACAUUUAAUAACCUGAAACUACGAAACGAAGUCAAAACAGUUCCUAUGAAUCAAAUCAAAUCUAUGGAAACAAGACUAUUAGACAUCGAAACAAGAGCAAAACAAAGAAGAAUAAAAUUAAAAUUUCUGGAACAUAAAUGUUGUCUAAUAGCUUUUCUAAAUUUACUAGAUACAAAAAUCAAUGGAGUAAAAUAUAACAAUGAAGACGUCGUGAAACAAUCUCUAGAUCAGUUGAGAAGCUUCGUUACCAAGAAUCAAAUAUUGCAAGAAUUCGAAAAGGCUCUUGACGAUAUGCGACAAGUUAUAGAAGAAUACAAAAUGGAUGGCAAUAUAACUAAAAAGGAAGGCUACCAUAUCGACACAUUCCUUGCGGAUAUUGAGAAUCGUUGGAAAAACGUGUCAUCCCGAUUAAUAUGCACUGAAACAAUGUUAGAAGAUGUACUUUCGCACUGGCAAAGAUGGAAGGUACUGACCAAUGAACUAGAAAUCUGGAUCAAAGAGGCACAAAAUGCCCUGCAAAGAUCAGAAGAUGAUCAGAUUUACUUCUUCCAAACAUUGAGUAAAUUCAAAGCAAAACAAGACUUACUAACAGAUACAUAUAAUGUUUUAAAAUCAACUUGUGAUUAUGACACUGCUAUCGCUAUUGAACACAGAUACAGACAAAUAUUGUUUCAGUGGGAACAAGUUUUCCAAAAAUCUAAGCAGUACAUGCAUGUCGGUGAUAUUCUCCAACACAGACAAAAAUUCAAAACAGACGCAACUCGUCUUAGUGACUGGAUUCAACAAACUAACGAAACACUGUCAAGAACCAACAUAAAAGAUUCAAAGGAUAUUAAAAGAAGUGAAAAUGACAUCAAACAAAUUGCAUGUGAAAUUGAGUGUAUGGAGGAACUCUUCAAAUCUAUCAGCAGAAGUUUUCAAGCACUAAUAAAGGAAUAUUCUAGAGACGAAGUUGAUAAAAUGAUGAACUUAAUGAAAAAAGAAAAGGAAGCCCUGGUUUGUAUCAGGGCACAAAUUCCUAUUAAAUUACACCUUUUUCAUCAAAUUUUAACACAGCAAGAAGCAUUAGAAUGCGGCCAAAAAGAAAUUUCUAACUGGUUAGAUGACGCAGAAAGCCUUUUAAUAUCGUAUGCAUUUACCAACGAUCCUGCGCAAACGGAUAACAACAUGGUGAAACACAAAACAUUUUUUAGUCGCACACUGUACUACAAAUCAAUGUUAGAAAGCAAAAAUAAUGUUUUUCAAAACCUCCUUAAAUUGUCGAACACAGACAAAAGUGUUGAUCUUAGUGACACAUCCACUGUAAUGAAGCAGUUAAAUGAACGAUUUACCUACGUAAUAAAUAAUGCGAAUGAUUGGGAGUACAAACUUCAAGAAAAUAAAAAAAUAUGGGAAAAUUUCACCGCUUCGUUAAGCAAAGUUGAAAGCUUUCUAAGGCAAUCAGACUUAUGGCAAAAUACUCUUACCGCCAUAGAGAAAACCAGCGAUAUUGAGAAUCAGCUAGAUUUUUUCAAAAAUGUGGACCAAUCAAUGAUUGGUCAACUUGAAAUGCAUACUGAAGAACUUCUGAGGUUUCUACCACCUCAAGAACAAAUCGAGUUGAUCACAAAAGUGGAAACGAUUCAAAAGCAAUGGAGUGAUAUUAUUACCAAGAUUCCCCGCCAUUUAUUGAAACUAGAAUUCAAAACAAAUGAGAUCAAAUUCAACAAUUGCAUUCAUGAAAUUGAAAAAGAACUUAAUGCUGAAGAACAAGCUUUCAAUUAUAAAGCCAAUUUUGAAACAAUUCUUCAACGCAAUGAAAACUUUUUCCAAAUAAAUGAUCUACAACAAGUGGAAAAAUUAUUGGCAACGCUUGAGAGAAUAAACUGUGUAUACAUGGAGCAAUUCCCAAAUGACAUGAUUUUAUUCCAUCCAUAUCAAAAAGCCAAUGACAAAUGGAUUGCAAUAUGUAAACGAGUUGAAAACGUUAAGAGUAUUCUCUACAAAAUUCCAGCCCAAUGGGAGGCUUAUCAUGCAAAGUUCAACGAAAUGAACUCCUGGAUGGAUUCUGUUGAUCAAUCACUGAAAAAACUUAUUGUUGAAAAGGAAUCUGCAGAGCAAUUUGAAGCAGAAAAAAUUGCAUUUCAGAAAAUCUGUUUUGACGCCGAUGCAAAAAAAGAAAACAUGAAAUGGUUGGUAAAGACUUUAGAUUAUUUGUUGAAUCACACAAACGAAGAACAAGCUAGCCUAGAGCAAGAUAAAAUUGAAAAGCUAAUAGCUCGAUAUAAAAUUCUUAUACCAAGCAUCGAAACAACCAUGAUUAAAGUUGAAACAUAUGCUAAAUGCUACACAUAUCGCGCCGAAACGAGAGAAGUGUGCAAUCUAUUAAACAAAAUUAAGACACAAAAUCAAGAUUCACCUGCCCCAGAUAGCUUCCGAAAAGUUUGUGAAAUGAUUGAAGAGCAAAACUUCUCGAUUAGAGAAUUAGAUAAUCAACGGGCCCAUAUAAUGAACAUAAUACAGCGAGGUAAAGAUUUAGGGAAAAAUACGAAUUCUCCUAACUUUAUCAGUCAAGAAGUUGACAAAUUAGAACAAUGCUGGAACGAAACAUACAAUGAAACGGCUUCUAAGAUUAAAUCUUUAAUGGAAGUUCAAAGAGUAUGGAAUUCUUAUAAUGAACAGAAAGGAAAAAUAGUCGAUUUAUUACACAAUGCUGAACUGGAGCUUAGAUCUACCACCCCAUUGCAAACGAAUCCUAAAAAUGUAACUGAAGAUUUAAGUGCUAAAAAGCAUUUGGUAAUUAAUCUACAUCAAGCAUUAUCAAAAUCCCUUUUAUUAUUGAACGAUUUAUGUCGCGAUUUGAGCCAAUCUAUUCCAAUUACUUCUAAACAUGCAAUAGAAAAAGAAAUAAGUGACCUUGAAAAAAAAGUUAUAAGCACAACCGAUUUCGUUGAAAAACGAAUAGACUACCUUGAAGAUUAUAACAACAAAUGGAAUGAAUAUAAAACCCGUUUAGAAAGCCUUAAAAGCUGGGCAAAUAAUGUGUACCCAAAAAUGGUGGCAGCAAUUAAGCAACCUCAUAUUACACCAGAGGACCGUGUUAUCAAAACAACGCAACUGGAGAACGUGCUCUCUGAGAAAAUGAAAAUUCUAGACAUAUUGAAUGCUAGUACAUCAGAUUUGGCAUCCAAAGAAGGUAAUCUUGAUGAAAUGAAGCGACUAAAGAGUGAAGUUAUACAACUCUGUGGAACAUUCAGUGAACUAAACAAAAUUGUUAUCACAGAAAAGGCUCACGUAGAUAAAGAUUUAGAAAAUUGGAAAAAAUUCGGUCAUACUGUCGAGGACAUCAAACUAUGGACAGAGCAGGCUGAAAAAACACCUGAUCUAGAGCACAAUAAAGUAACAACUUUCACUGAAGCAAAUCAGCUAAAAACAAAUCUAGAUUCUCUAAAUGAACAAUGCAAAUCUAAAAUAUGCGAUUUAAAAGAUGUAGCCAGUAGAUGCAACACCAUCCGGUAUGGAAUUAAACCAACCGAGGAGUUGGAUAGAUGUUUUGUAAAACUCAAUGACCUUUACGAAAAUUCGCAACACAUAAGAAAUAAAGUAGAUAAAUUGAUACAAAACUGGUCCGUACUUGAAGACGAGCUAAGUAAGCUCGAAUGUUUUGUAGUUACAUCUCAAAAGAAACUUGAAAACAUUUUAACUGAACCAGCAAAUGAAUUACCAAUCGACAAACUGGAAGAUAAAAUCAAGAUGUUAAAGCUACUUAACAAUGAGGUCUCUGAGCAACAGGCUAAACUUAUCACAUUGGUGCAUCUCUUUGAUCAAAUGAACAAUAAUUUGUCGGAUGAAGGCAUAAUGGAUAUAAAAAAUAAAUUAAAUAAACCAAAAGACACUUUAUCUAAAAUCAGUGGACGUUUGCGUGAUCUGAUCAACAACUAUUAUGAAAAAAUUAUUGUACAGCAAAACUUUAAUGCACUUAUGAGUGAAUUCAGUGAUUGGAUGGAUCAGAUGAGAAUUGGUUUAGCAGAAUCAGAAGAAACAGCGAUCGAUGAAAUAGAUCUUGCUCUACAAAACGUUCAGUACUUAUUGCAACAACAUGCAAAUAAAAACGACAUGUUCGACAAAAUUUACUCGCAUGUGAAAGAACAGAGUUUAACCGAUUCAGUGAACGACAACUCGGUGCUUAAUGAGACAUAUUCAUCAUUAGCAAGUAACUAUCAAAAUCUUGAAUCCAGCUUGGAAAAAUCAAAACAAUUUUUACAAAGAUGGUCUGAGUUUUCACACUGGGCCCAAAAUACUAAAGAUGAAUUAAAUGAUUUAGAAGAUGCCAUUGAGUCUGAUAAUAAAUUAACGGACCAUGAUUUGAGCCCAGUUGACAACAAAUUGUCGAAUAUCAAAAUAAGUAUCGCUAAAUGGAGAAAGGAUAUUAUUUCCUUAGAACAUCAACCAUGCAUUAAAGUUUGCGACCAACUAAAUAAGCCAAUCAAUGCAGUUGUACUGAUUGUUGACUUAGAAAAUAAAUUAGCGAGUAUUCAAUCUCAAGUGGAUGUUAAGAAAAAAGAAAUACAGGAAACAUACAACAGAGCACAAAGCUUCAAAGACUUGUAUCAAGGGAUGAUGAAUAGUCUAAGCAAAAUCUCCAACUGCUUGAAGAAUAUUACAGAAAAAGUUAAAUUAAGCAACAUCGAUGAAUGUUUGGAAGAAUUGACGGAUUUGAGGGAACAAAUCGAUCAAGUAGGCUCAGUCAAGAUACAAAUUCAAUAUGAUGGUAAUGCUUUAUUAAAACAAAAUGCGGCCCCUGCGCUUAAUGUCGAAGAGAGAAUAGCUGAACUCGAUAGGUGUUUAACUAGUGUUCGAAAUAAAGCAGACAAAAUAUUCAAUGAUUUCACAAGCGUAAUUGGCUCCUAUAACGAAUUCAGUCGAAAUAAUUUAAGUUUUCGAAAUGAACUUAAAAAUAUGAGCUUUAUUAAUGCAUCCACCGCUCUUACGUUCAAUGACAAACAUACGUUAAUUGAAAGUUUGGAGAAACUUAAAAAUACUUCAAUCACAAUGAAAAAUAUCAAAAAAACUGGUGAUAUUGUAGCUAGCAAAGGAGACGAAGUGGGUAAAAUUUUUCAAUGUUACAAUCCUCAAGACUGCGAAAACAUAUUUAAAAGCAUAACACAAAACAAUGAAGAACUGAAAGAUAGUCUGCAGACACUGAUCGAUAGCAGCAAUUUAUUAGAUCAACGAUUAUGUCUUUAUAAAGAGAUCGAAGAUCUUUACCAAAAUAUAGCAACCUGGUUGGACAAGACUCAAACUCAAUUAAGCCGAUCCUCGGAUAACCCGACAGAAAUUGAACACAGAAUCUCAACCGUUAAAGCAGAACUACCUACUUAUCUAUCGCUUAAAGAGAACUUUACUAGUCUCAUUGCUACUUUCAAGCAUUCUAAUAACAAUGUACUCCCUAAAGAUAUUACAGAAAUGGAAGAAAAAUUGGACAACUUAUUUGCUGAAAUGAAUUGUAAGGAAUGUGAACUUUCAGCUAGAAUAUCUGAAUAUGCAGCACAAGAACGAAAUAUGAAAGACUACAUACGCAUUAUAAUAGACAAUCUUUAUAGUAUUCGCGAGGAAAUUAUUCAAAAUGACGAUAGUAGCUUUGAUAGUAUCAAACAGUUGCAGAGUCUUGAUAAUUUGAAAAAGAUUAGGCAGAAACUUAAUCUACUAGGGGUGAAAUUAACUGAUCUUAAAAAUGAUUUCAUAUGCGUUGAAACAAAAUUCAAUUCAAUUAAAGAAAGCACGAUUAACAAAGAAAUCAAAAACUUGGAACAGCGAUUUGGAUGCACACUGAAUAGCUUAAAUGAAGUGGAAAGUAAAUUGAGUAAACUAGUUGAACAUUCAUUUAGGGAGAAGCUUUUGUCAUUUAGUAGACUCAUAUCUUCUCAUGCUGAGAAAGCAAAAUGGUGUUACCCAGAAGCCGCAAGUGACAAGCACAAUUUAGAGACGAAAAAAUGCUCGCUGGAAGAUGUUAAGAAAUUUAUUUCUGUCAAUGAAUCUGUAAUGAACGAAAUAUCAAACACACUUCAAUCAAUCGCUAUUUUAUUUAACCCAUCCAAAGUAGCAUCUCUCAACGAACUGAAGUGUGAAAUCGAGCAUGAAUUGCAGCAUUUAAAAACUACAUGUACUGAAAUAGAAGCUGACUUGAACGAAAACAUACAAUUAUGGCAACAAUAUGAGGUGAUAUCUGGAGAAAUAAUACAAUGUCUUAAGAACCUGGAACAAAAACAUAAAAUGGAUACAAUAUUAUUGAUAGAUUUAGCCAGUUUGAAUGACAAAGUUGAAGAAAUUAAUAACACCUACGAUGCUUUAAAAGAGUUCGAACCUAAAUUAAAAUUAUUGCAAGCGAUUGCCAAUUCAAUAGAAAAGUUAAAUCCGGAUUCAAGGGUUUUGAUGUUAGUGCAACAUCUUCUAGCAAAAUAUAACACGUUCGAUAAAUAUUUCUCGAAGAUGUUAGAUCGAUUACACGAUAUCCAGUCCAGAAAUAAUAAAUUUAAGCAAGAAGUUUGCAAAGCUCGUAACUGGAUUGAACGUAUGGAACAACAGAAACCUAUGUCGGACGGCUCCUCUGAAAAGGUAUAUGAGGAAUUGACUAACCGACGUGCCACAAUUAUGGGACAGGAAACUUCAAUCAAUGAAACGUGUUGUAUAGGAGAAAAUUUGUACGCCGAAGUAAGCUCUGAGAGCCGCGACAAUAUUCGAGAAGACAUAUUAUCAUUGAGAAAUGCAUUCCACUCACUAGCUGAUGAAUGCAACAUCGCAAUCAAGCGCAUCGAAAUUAAUAUCAUGAAUAAGAAGUCUAUCGAUGAAAGCUUUAUGCAGAUAUUUAAAUGGCUGUCAGAUUUACAAAAUAAGUUAUCUAACCGACCUGGACUUUAUACAACUCUACAAGACAAAAAAGCUGCAUUUUCAAACUACAAUACCAUGUUGAACGAUGUCAAGUUCCAUGAAACUAGUUUUGAACAGUUGCAAUCCAAGUUAGCGUCGCUAUCGCCCGCUGAUUUCACUGAUCAACUAUCCGAAGCUAGAGAGAAAUUCAGACUAAUUUUUAAUGAUUUAACUACCAACCUACGCUCAUUGGAAGAUUAUGUCAAUAAGCACACGCACUUCGAUAGUUUGCUAGAAAAAUCUAGAAACAAGUUAUACAGAUUACAAUCUCAAAUUAGUGAUAUACUGACCAACCACGAGCCAAAUAAAUUGCAAAUUGAAGAAAAUUCGAUAAUCCUCGAAAAUAUACUCGCCGAAGAAGAACUCGUAUAUGACAACUUAAAUGAAUGCUUUAACCAGCUUACAUUAGUUUUGGCCCAAACCCAUGAAAAUGGGCACUCUGAACUCUUAAGAGCAUUUGAAGGUAAUAAACAAGACUGGAAACAAUUUUUUGAAAAAUGCAAAACAAGUCAACAUAAGCAAAACGAAAUGCUUUGCCUAUUAGAAAAUACUAUAAAGCAAUUCGAUGAUAGUCUUGCGAAACUGAGCAUAUUCAGAGAAACAAUAAAAGAACAAUCGUUUCAAAUUCCUUCACUUGCGAAUCAAAAAUGUAUUGAUAUGUUAAAUCAAAUUAGCAACCAAAUCAACGAUUACGGAAUGGAUAUCCGAAAAAUUAUUGACGGUUGUCACCCAAUUAAAUCAAAUAACGAUAUCACGAAUAAAAUAACGCAACUGCAAACUGAAUACCGUUCUAUCACAAAUUUUUGCUCAGAAGCAGUUGAAAAAGCAAAAACUGCCGUCAACGAACAAUCCGAUUUUAACCAAGGGUUUGACGAAAUCAUGAAUACUUUGAGAAAAAAUAUAGCAUUACUUCAAGAACAUAAGCAGCUGGUAGGUGAUUUGAACAUACUGCAAAAUCGUCAGUUGCUUUUAAAAGAAAUAGCUUACAAACGAUUAGAUUACAGCAAUAUUCUUGAAGAUGUUUUUAUCAAGGGUGAAAAAAUGUCCUCCGAAGGACGUGAAAUUGUACGACAUAAACUAGCAGAGCUCAGAAAAUUGUGGGAUCUUUUUACAGACGAGUUAGAGAUAGUAAGUCAAAAAGUUGACCUGUGCGUUCUCCAGUUUGGAGAAUUUAGUGCACAACAAGAGCAACUAUCGAAAUGGUUGAAGGAUAUUGAACAUUCAAUGAAAGCAAACGCAGAAUUAAAAUCAAAUAUUCAGGAAAAAAGAACUCAAUAUCAAAACCAUAAACUGAUCCAUCAAGAAGUUCUUUCUCAAACCGGUUUAUUAGAAUCCGUGUGUAACAAAGCACAGCAAUUAUUGACAUUGAUACAAGAUCAACACUUGCAAACAUAUUUAGUAUCAAUAAAAGAUACUUUCAAAAACAUCGUUCAGAAAUCAAAUGAUCUAUUAAAUUACUUGGACAACGGUGUAAAUGCACAUGCAAACUUUGAAGUUUCCAGUAUGAAACUCAGAAAUUGGAUCACUGAAGAACGAGCCAAGGCUCUGGUUUGUGAAGACGGUGGAGGUGAAAAAAAUGAAAUUUUAAAACGAAUAGAAACUCUUAAAAACUUAAAAUCAGUCAGACUAAAAGGUGACGAAAUGUUUAAUCAGCUCUUGAAAUUACAUGAAAUCAACCAAACUAGUACGGCAGCAUCAGGAAUUGUAAUUUUAGAGAAUGAAAUAGAAAAAAUUAAAAACGAAUUGAACGAUUUAUAUAUGAAAAUUGACGAACAAAUCACACAUCAGAAUAGUUUACUUUCGAGCUGGUCACAGUUUGAUAAAGAUCUAGAUGUGCUUACAAAAUGGUGCCGAUCAAUGGAAGCAAUUUUUCGAGAACAGCAAUUAUUCGACUCAUUGCAAACGAAAAGAAAUCAUUUACAGAUAUAUAAAAAUAAUCUCAACUUGGUCAUUGAAAAGAGAAAGGAUAUUGAUGAUUUUGCAACUAGUGCUCAAACCUUAUUUAACAAGACAGGGGUUGAAAAAAUUAAAUUUUACAUCAAUCAAUUGAUCAAUCGUUACCAACUGUUACAAGUUUUAAGCAAGGAAGUUACUAACAGGAACGAAAACAUAGUAACAGAUCACAUUACUUACGAUGAAAAGUUGUCAGCAUGCAACGUGGCUAUUGAUACCAUUAAUAGUGAUGUAGAUGUGAUUUCAAAGGAAAAUAUAUUAUCGCAAAAUGGCCCUCUAUUGCAAAAAAUUGACCUUGAAAAGGAUAAAAUUGAAAACAACUUGAUAAGUCUCGUAGCAGCACACGAAAAAGUUUUACCAGAGACUAACGCUCAAGGACGCGAGAAGUUACGAGAGGAUAUAAAAAAUAUCAAGGAACGAUGGAGUAAUGCAUUAGAAGCAAUAAUUAAUCUGAAAAAACAGUGCGAUGUAAGAACUGUUCAGUGGUCUUCAUAUCAAGAAAUACUCCAGCAGCUGCUGACUUGGCUAGACCUAACUGAAAGCAAAAUAGACCUAAAUGAUUCACAAAACUGGACUUCAACACAAGAAAUUCGAUCGAAAUUGUUCAAAUAUAAAGCAUUGUUGCAAGAAAUUAUGAGCCAGAAACGUAUGAUUGACUCACUCAAUGAAAAAGCAAUACAAGUAUCAAUUGAUAAAGACAGGGAUGUUACAGCAAAAAUUCAAUCAGUCAACGAACGAUAUGAAAGACUGAAAAAAUCCACUACUGACACAAUCGGUAGGUUAGACCAUGCACUAUCGAUUUGCGUUAAAUUCAAUGAACUUAACAAAUUACAUCUUGAUGAGCAGGAAGUUUUAUUGGCAGAUUUGAAGCAAUUAUCAGAUGUUUCAGGGAGCAGAAAAAUGGUUAAAGAUAAAAUUCAAAGAGUCCUCGAAUUGCAGAAUAUAGUUCCAACCAGGAAAGAAAAUUUGGACAAUUUGAGAAAACUAAUACUUGACAAUAAGGAUCUUAUUUCUUGUGGAGUAACUAGUAAUAUGGAACAUGAUUUACAAAAAAUUCAAACAGAAUUUGACAAUUUCAAUACUUCCAUAAACGAUACUUUAAAACUAUUGGAAAAUAGACUCGCACUGUGGGAUAGCUACCAGCAGCAGUUAGAUCAUAUAAACAACGCAUUGGUGGAUAUAGAAGAGUCCAUGCGAAGCUAUAGUUUGAAAAACAGCUUACUUGAAAAACAACAACAGCACGAGUUAUAUCAAACAUUGUGCGGAAAAAUGAAACAAAUCAAUCAUUUAUUCGAUAACCUCUUGGAUAAAUCAACAGAAUUGCUACAUAGCAGUUGUGAUGCAAAGAUUGCUUCGAAUAUGCAACAAAUGAAAACAAAGAUGCAGACUACAGAAAAUACAGUAAAAGAUAUUGCAAAAAUAUGUGAUCAAGCGUUUCAAGAGCACAAGAUUUUUAAAGCAAAAUAUGAUGAAUGUGACCAAGCUCUCGAUCAAACAAAGGAUUUGUAUGAAAACAAUAUAUUGAAUUGUUCCGAUAUACCAGAUGCUAUUCAGAAAAUAGGCGAUUUGAUAUCUAAACAAAAUGCAAUGAGCGUCCAAUGCGGUCGCGUAUCUGAUAUGGGAGAUAUGCUAUAUUCUACUACCGCUACUGAAGGCCAGCAGAGCAUUCGGACAGACAUUCAAAAACUACAACAAAAGCUUGAUCGCAUAUUCGACGAAAUAAACACGUAUUAUAAAACUUGUGAAACUCGGUUAUCUAGGCUCAAUAUAUUCAAUGACAAACUUGAGCAAAGCAAGAAGUGGUUGGAAAGCUUGUGUGAAAAUCUUUCACAUGAAAUAAUUUUAAAACCUACACUCGACGAGAAAAUUGGUCAACAGCAAGCAUAUAUAGAAAUGUCCAGUGAACUCAAAAAUUAUACACCGCAAGUGGAUAGCUUAAAGGAUUUAGCAGGCAAUAUUGACGAACAAACAAACAACAUAAUAUCUAGUUUGGAUCAGUUUAAUAAAACUUUCAAUACAUGUGUUGAAAGAUGCCAGGCUUUCGUAGAAGCGUACGACAAAAUAGUUAAUAACCAUCGGCAAUACUGCAAAGCAGUAAUGGAGACAUCCGAUUUCAUUGAUGCAAAUCACAAUACAAUUGAGCUCUGGGGUGAAACAGACCUUGAUCAAGUCUCCCUAAUCACCAAUUUAGACCGAUUAGUCGAUUUGAAAAAAACAAUCAUAGGAGAAACCAACAGGAUAGAACAACUUCGUCAGUUAGGCAACGUAACAAUUCCGGAUACAAGUGAUGACGGACAGAUCAACAUUAGGACACAGAUAGACAUAUCACAACAAGAGUGGGAAGGACUAUUAGUUACAAUGGACUCGACUAUCGAAAAAAUUCAAUCUAAAAUAUGCGAAUGGAGUGAUUAUGAAAACAUGCGGACUAAUUGUAUCGAAUGGAUGAGGUCUGUCGACUCGAGCAUACACUCCAUCGAUCUAAAGGCUACAUUAGACGAGAAAAAGGCAACAUUAGAUUAUCUUAAAACUCUUCAAGGUGAAGUAAAAGCUAAAGAGCUUGAGAUCGACUCUUUUACUGAUAGAGGUCAACAGCUGUAUGUAGGGUAUUUAACAAGCAGAAGCUCUCAAGUGUCAGAGUUAGCAAUUAAAUACCAACAAACAUCAAGUCGUGUAAAGGAACUUACGAGCCGAUGGCAACAAUAUGUUAUAAGUCAUCAAGAACUGUCAGCGCAAAUUGAAAACCAUAGGCAAUGGCUGAACGGAAUUAAAGAAAAAAUAAAUUAUUGCUCAGACACCACAGCAACCACAGAGAAGGAAUUACAAAGCAAAAUGAAAAUCAUUCAAGAUUUAUUAAUUAACAAAGAUGAGGGUACUGCUAGGAUGCAGGCGAUCAUUGACUUAUCGCAACAAGUGCUAUCGUGCACAACACCUACAGGACACGAUUCCAUAAACCGCUCAAUAUCGUCGCUGCAAGAUGAAUGGUCCGCUAUGAGUUUAAAAAUGAUUGACGUCAAAUCACUUUUGGAUGAAGCUCUCAACCAGUGGUCUGGUUUUCUGGACCAAGUAAGCGAUUUGAAAGCGAAAAUCGAAUGGAUAGAGAAAGAAUUUGCAUCACUUUCAGAGCUCCAAAGCACUAUGGCUGACAAACGGGCUCAAUUGGAUAAAAUUAAAAAUACAGAGGAAAGAAUUCGCAUUGAAAGGAUUGAAAUUGAGCCUUUACGCCAAAAAGUAAAAGAAAUGACUUGUUCAGGUCAGAAAACUCAAGCGGUAUCUGCUGCUAGUCAAAUCAUCGGGAAGUUUGAUUAUAUCACCGAGCAAAUCAAUAAAUUACUGAAUGACAGAGAGGAUCAAUAUCGUGAUCAUCGGCUUUACAAAGAAGCAUACGACGAUCUUACUAGUUGGAUUAAUCGAGCACGGGAAAAAAUACCCUGUGCCAAACAGCAGUCAUUAAGUGAUAAGUUAACCAUUGAUAAUGCAAUCGCACCGCUAGACGCUCUUUUAAAUAAAAAGGCUCAAGGUGAACUAUUGGUUGAGCAACUGGUUCAUACAGGUGAGGUAGUAACGGCUUCAACUUCUGUCUCAGGAAAACAGAUAAUUAAUACUGAUAUCAGCGAACUAAAAAGUAAUUUUGAAAAGCUUUUCCAAGAAAUAGAAUUACAAAAACGAAAUUUUGAAAAAACAAACACUUUACUUCGAGAAUACAAAGAUGAAUACGAACGUCUUUCAGAAUGGUUGCAGCAGAUUGAUAUUAUUGUGAAAAAUAAUAAAUUGGCCAUGUCCUCAAAUAUUCAAGAUAAGGAAAAACAAGUAAAAGAUAUGCGAGACAUAAUAGCUAAAUUAAACGAUGGAAGUGUAGAGCUGGAUAAAUUUAAUUUGUUUGCGGCCCCACUUUUGCAAUCACAUCUGGAUUCCUAUAUAAGUAACCAAUUAAGGCAUCUUAAUUCUCGCUAUCAAGUACAAAUGAAUAUUACCAAAGAUGUACUUAAGAAAGUAGAAUCGAACUAUGAACUCCACAAAGAAUACGAUAAAAACUUAUUGGAAGCAACUCGUUGGAUAGAUAAUGCGAAGGAAAUAGUCCGUUGUUCCACUGAGAAUACCGAUCAUGUAAGCAAAGAAAAUCUAGAGAAACGACUUGAAAAAAUCAUUGAUCUGAUCCAAAAUCGCGAACAUGGACAGUCCCUCGUGAACAAUACAAUUAACCUAGGGGAGAAAGUAUUAAAAACGACAAAGUCAGAUGGAAAGGAAAUAAUUAACAAUGAAAUUAAAGAAGUGCAAAAUAACUGGGAUCGUAUUGUUAAAAAAAUGUCAACAGCGAAAGUUCAUUUAGAGACAAGUUUACUGCAAUGGGCGGAUUAUAACUCUAGCUAUAACCAUCUACAACAAUGGAUACAGGACCGAGAAUCUAAACUGCAACGAGUUUCAGAACAAAAAACCGUUAGAUUCAAAACUGGAACACCCACUAGCAUUAGUACAGGAUUAAAUGAAAGAAGAGCGAAUUUGCGCCAGGCCAAUGAUAUCGUACAAGACAUUGUGUCGUUUGAACCGAUGAUUCAUUCAGUAGCUAGUAAAGCUUCCGAUUUACAUCAAAUAUCUCCUGCAUCGGAAAUAUCGAAAAAAUAUGAAAAUCUUAGUACGCAAGCAAAAGAACUUUUUGCUAAACAAAAAGAAACUGUUGAGAUGCAUCAAGCUUUUAUUGAUUGCAGCAACGAAUUUGCUGCCUGGAUUCGGCUGGCAAAGGAAAGUUUAAAUAAAUGUUCCGAUCCUAGAGGCGACAGAGAUUCUCUGGUAUCAAAACUGACUCAAUUGAAAAUUCUUGAUAAAGAUGUAAAUGUCGGACAAAUAAAGCUUGAAAAGGCACUAGAACAAGCGGAUAUAGCAUGUCGAAAUAUUCAGACCGAUGAAUGUGAAGCCAUAGAGAAAGAAGUGGCAGUUCUCCAAGAAGAAUUCGAUAACUAUGUCAUGGCUUUAAAACGAAUCAGUGCUGCUUUGGAAAAUGGAAUUGUUCGAUGGAAAGAAUACGAUAACCAUUAUACGGGAGCAUUCAAUUGGUUGGACAAAUUAGAGCAGGAAAUUCAAUCUUAUAACAGAAUGCAGAACUCCUUAGAACAAAAAAAAAUUGUGCUGGAGGAAUUUCAAGAAAAGUUACAAACACUUUUCGAUUGGCAGAAAGAACUAGACAAUUUGAAUAUCAAAGCCCAGGUUCUUUUAGAUAUUUGCGCCGAUACACGAGUUAGCAAUGGUAUAACACAGCUCACCACCAAAUAUAACGUUUUGAUAUCUAUAGCGAAAGAAAUUAUGCGGCGUUUAGAAUUACAUUACCAAGAACAUCAGCAACAUAAUACCUUAUUUGGAGAAUGUCAAGAUUGGUUAGAUCGUAUCCGUGAAAAACUAAAUGAAUGUAAUGCUACUCCACAGACAAUAGUUGAAACACAAUCAAAACUAAAUAUAAUAAAAGGUAUCCGUCAAAGUCUCGAGCAGGGUCAAAAUAAACUACGAUACUUAUUUGAACUUAAAGAAAAAAUUAUGAUAAGUACUGAAUCAAACGGCGCCACAAAAAUAGCAGAGGAUACAGAUGGGUUGAAAAUAGAAUACGAAUCAUUAAUGUCAGAGAUAAAUGAGAUCAGGCAAAGAUUGUUAGGACAUUUGUCAAAUCUUGAAGAUGUUUGUAAGUUUGUAAAAACGCUUACUGAAUGGAUAGAAGAGGUACAUAAGAAAAUAGAUGAUGGAACUGUAUCAAUUGAGUUCUCAGAUAAACGGGCAGUUUUAGAAAAACUUAGGACCAUUCAACGAGAAACUACAAAUUAUAAUGACGUCAGUGACAAAAUUAAAGCUAAAAUUUCGGAGAACACUGCAUUCGCUAAUGAAAAUUGCCACAAAAUUCUAAACGAGUAUGCAGCAUUAGUAGGUAGAGUAGAAAAUGAAAUCGAACGUUUGGAAAAUCAAGUCAGCAAUUACGAAAAGUUUAGGCAAGGAUUGCAAGAACUAUAUGAUUGGAUGAAACAUACACGCCAAAAUAUCGAAAAGCUUUCAGAUUAUCACGGCGAUCGUGAACAUAUUGUGGAAAAGUUAGAUAAAGUCAAAAGUAUAGAAUUGUCUUUGUCGGAAGGAAAAGUUUUACUGGAGAACGCUAACGAAAUCGGUAACAAUUUACUUGCAAUUCUUGAUCAAGAUGGACAUGACGCUGUAAAACGUGAAAUAUCACAAGCGAAAUCCGACUGGGGAGAAAUUGAGAUUUUUUCAAAUACAAUAUGCAAAGCGUUAAAUGAUGUGCUGGCCUCAUGGGAGAGUUUUUAUGAGAAAUCAAACAACUUAAGCUCGUUUAUACUCGAAUUUAAAGGAAAAGUGGUUGCCCUGGACGAUCCCAACAUUGCCGAGCAAGAAAAUAACAUAAAAAGUCUAAAGCAUAUUUUGGAAAUAAUAUUGACCAAGAAGUCUUCUGUCGAAGAACUUAACGAUAUAUGCGAAGCAUUAGUGGAGAAAAGUGCUUGCCCUACUGUACGAGAUCAAACCGUUGAUCUUCAAAAAAGUUACUCAUCACUACUAUCAAACCUGCAAGGACUCAUAGCCAAACAGGAGAAAAAUGUUGCAAGUCAUACCGAGUAUCUAUAUUAUAAAGAAGAGCUUCAAAAAUGGAUCGAGGAUGCAAAUCAAGCCAUUACUGCGUCCCAAGUCAAAACUUCCGAUGAUUUACCAGAUACAAAAAGAAAAAUUGCAAAUAUGCAAAAUCUUUCGAAUUCUAUCCCACAAGGCACAAAGCUUUUCGAGAUGUUGCAGGAUUCUUUUACAAAAUCUUCGUAUUUGCACUCCGAACAAAAACAAACAGAUAUGUUCCAGAGCAUUUCAGACAUAAGAGAUGCUCUUGACUCAAUUAUUCUGAAAAUCGGCAGUACUUUAAAUGAUUUGAAUGUCAGGUGUAAUCGGUUGGAGUUAUAUGAAGAUCUAAAAAAACGAAUAUCCGACUGGUUAAAUAUUACAGAAGGCGUUUUCAAAACACUCCCAGAAACGCAUGGGGAAAUGAGCGAUGUAAGAACAGUUUUAGAACGAAUCAAACACAUACAAAAUGAAAUUUUAUUCAAACAAACGGAUUUAGAAAAUAUUAAUCUUGAAGCAAAUAACCUUUUUGAUGCAAAUAGAAGCUCUAUUGAAAGUGAUAGUGUAAAUAACCUCACUCAAAGAAGCUUGAAAUUAAACGAACAAUGUGGUUAUUUUAUUGAAUCCCUGCAAGCAGAGUUAGAAGAUCAAAUGGCCUAUUACCAAAACUUGCAAGAAAUUGAAAAAUGGCUUUUGCAGAUUUCAUUUCAACUUAUGGCCCAUAAUUCUUUAUACAUUCAUAACAGAGAACAAACUGUCGAACAGAUUACGCAGCAUGAAAAACUUCUUGCAGAAAUCCAGAAUUAUCAAACAAAUAUUGACGACAUAAACGUUAAAGGACAAUCACAGAUUGAUCGUUACGUACUCGCAGCACCAGAAAUCAAAAAUAAAAUUGAAAGUCAAAUGAAAAACAUUCGAGAUAGUUAUAAUUCCUUAUUAAAUACAUCCGUGCAAAUUAAAAAUCGUUUACACGAUUCACUAAACAAAUUUCAAGAAUAUGAAAACACUUUAGAUGACAUAAUUAACAAUCUGAAUAAAAUGGAACCAGAGAUACAGAACGAAAAACAAAUCGAAAUAGCUAAUCACGAGCAUGGUAAAACAGUACUAGAGAAAUCACAAAUGUAUCAACACAAAUUACAUCUGGAAAAAAGUCGAUUAAUUCACGCUAUCCAAGCAUGUGAAGCAGCUACCGCCAGUAUAAGCCGUCCAAGUUCACCAGUAGAGAUAUCCCAUCAAGUCGUCCCAGAAAAGGAGUUGAUGGUUCGGGCACGCUUGGAGGACGUAAUUGAUGAAGUUCAGACUUGGAUUACAGAACUUAUAUCUAUCAUCAAUGAGUUUGAGAAGCAACUAAAAGAAAAGUGUGACUUAGAACAGUGGAUUGAGAAACAAAACAUUAUCGUCGGUGACUGGCGGUUAAAACCGAACAAAUUUCGUGCUGAAGCAGCCGAGAUUGAAUUGCGACAAAUGAAAAAUUUGCUUGGAGAUAUUACUAGAAAAAAAGAAGAAUCGCAAGUUCAGGAUGCAACAUUGUUAAAUGAAUUGGAAAAAUUACAUAGAAACCUUGAACUAGCAAUUGCUGAAAAGGUUGAAAAUCAACUCACCAUCGAUAAAUACAGAAAACAUCAUAGCGCAAUUCAAAACCGAUUAGAUUCCAUCAGCCAGCAAAUUGAUAAUACUGAAAAAGGCAGUGGAUUGAAUUGUAAGCAGAAGUUGGAAAAAAUAUUGAACAUAAACGAUCUUCUAACAAGUGAUAGUGACGAAAUUGCCGUUUAUAAAGAAAGCGCUUCGCAUGCUGCUAAGAUUGUAAACAAUUUAGAUGGUCAGCAAAUUGCAGAACAUGUUAAAACAAUCGAACGCAGACAUUAUGACAUUAGUAAGCGAUUAUCUCGAAAACUGGAUAAUUUAAAUUCCACUAACAAAACGUGUACUACGAUUUCUAAUGAAUUAUCGGAAACUGAAGAAUGGUUGAUCCAUAAAUCUAAAUUUCUUGAAACACCGUACCUACUUGAAGCAGAUGUGAAAUCAGCUGAGACUCGACAGGAUAUACUUCAAAACUUGCUUAAAGAAACAGAAGGAAAACGGACACAUUUAGAUAUUCUUGGUAAAAGAUAUUCAAGUGUGCAAACUGAUUUAGAACCAGACGAAAAACUGGAACUUGAAAAAAAUAUGCAAGCAUUGAGUCAAAAGAUUAAUUUGUUAUCAAGUGCCAUUCGUAAAGAAAUUGAGAAAAAUGUUGAGGAUCUGUUAUGCCGCAGAAAUAUGCAAAACAAUUUCGAAAUGACUCGAACGUGGAUCAAAACCAAACAAAUGGAUAUCAACAAAAUCUCCGAUCGAAUUCCAUUAUUAGCAUCAAACGUGAAAUCAGAGAUAAAAUUAUGCCAACGCCAUGAACAUGCUAUAAAAGAAUUCGAAAGCAACGCUUUCAAAGAUAUGUUCCGACAAGCGAACGAAAUAAUGAAAGAAUGCUCUGAUGAUGGUCGUCAAAAACUGACAAAAGAUUUAGAAGAAAUUAGCAAGAAGUUGCAAACUCUAAUUGAAAGUUGUACCAAUAAGAUUUCUUAUAUGGAAAAAGAGCUACAUAAACGCUGUGAAUUCGAAAAAAGAAAAGAGCAGUUUUUAAAAUGGCUUAACGAAGCCGAAUCCAUUAUUUCACUAGAUCUAAAUACCACUGACCUGACAAUUCUCAAGGAACAACAACUCACAAUGAUUAACAUGUGUGAACAAUGUGCAGCUAUGAAGGAAUUACUAAAAGAGCUUGAAGAAUAUAAAACUUUGAUAGCUCCUACAUUGUGCCGUUCAGAUGAAAGUAACAUCAUAAGCCAAAUAAAGAUCAUCAACGAAAAAUGGAACGCUACUGAUAAUGCGUUGAAAAUUAAAAGAAAGAAACUCUGCGAUCAUAUUGAAGAGUACGAACUUGCAUUGGAAAAAGUAAAAAGCUGUACAAAAUUCCUGACUGAUGUCGAAAAGAACAUUCGAGAUAUCAAUAAACCAAUAGCAAGUAAAAUAGAAAACAUACAAGAUUUUCUAUUAUCGUAUGAAUCGAUUUUGGGCAGUCUGAGAGAUCGGAGGCUAGAAUUGAGUACCAUUUUGCUUGCAAACAUACCACACCUAAAAGAAAAUAAAAUAAGGAUAGAAGAAAUGAUUAAUACCAUAGAAGAACAGCUUAAGCGGCUAAGAACAAUGCUAAAUAUGAGAGAUCUGUUUGUCGGAGCUGUUAAUGAAGUUGUUAAAGCUUUGUCUAAAAUAAAUACUGAUUUCAACGAAGUAGACAAACUUGCUAGCGACGUGGACGAUCGUUUGAAUCGUUAUAUAGAAAUUUUUCACCAAAUAAAUCUAUGUACGACACUACUUGCAAAUGCGAGCGACAAAGGACGAGUCAUAGCAAAUGAAGGAACAGAUCUUGAUCGUCAAAACAUUGUAGAUCAACUGCAUUCUCUGCAAUUGCAGUUAGAUUCGAUUCGAAAAAGUAUUGAAAUCGAACAGGAUAAAUAUAGGAAACAACGCCAAUUUCAUCAUGCAAUUUAUAAAGAACUGACCACUCUCCUUGACUGGUUCCAGCAAAACAGUAAUCUUAUAAAAUCUCGUCCAUUAUAUAGUGAAGACAUAAAUGUAUCAGCUGGUCAUGUUGCCAGUAAUGAAAAGUUAAGCAUCCAAGCUCGCAAUCAUCUGAAUCAAACACAUGAGUUACUCAACAAAAUUAAAUUUGAAACUCACUUACCUACGGAACUACAACUCAAAGUUACACAAGCGAAAGAUUUCUUAACAAAUGUACCACCUGAAUUGACUGCACGCGAAUGUUACAUACAGGAAAAUCAUACACACCGCAAAGCGUUUAGUGUUAGUCUAAGCAAGCUCAAUGAUUGGUUCAAAGCGGCAGAAAAUCAAUUGUCACUACCCUUUACUUUUAACAUUGAUUUUAAUGAAAUAGAUUCAAAUCUGGCUGAUUUGGAAUCGUUUCUAAGAACAGAAACAGACAUACGAAACUUGUUAUAUCACGAUAUUCAAGAGCAAGCGGAUCAGUUCUGGCACACACUUGACAAUGUUGACCAAGAGAGGUGCUUAGCAAACCUAAAUUCCUACAAAACUAAACUUACCGAAUUAUUACAUCGAAGCGCAAUUAAGCAGAACGAAUUACUAAAAAACAAAGAUACUAUGCAGCGAUAUUCUACUCUACAUGAAAAAGUUUUACAUUGUCUUACUAAAAUCAAACUUAAUGACGCGUUAAUGGCAUUACCUACUCUUCCAGCUCGCAUAGAUCAUAUCAGCAGACUUCUAAAAGAAACUCAGGUCGAUCGAAACGAAUUAGAUGCGCUGAACGAUAUAUCAAAUAAUAUAAUUGCGCAAUUAAACCAAUACGAUAGCAAUAAAAUUCUUACGGAUAGCACUGAACUCAACCGCACUUGGACAGAAGACACUACGCUUCUACGAAACCAUCACGAAAAUUUGGUACAAUUGGAGCAUCAGUGGAAUCAAUUGGAAAGUAUUUUACAGGAGCUGGAAACUAAGCUAAACUACUUGCUGGAAAAGAAUAAAAGUUUAGAUUUUAUAGUCAAAUCCAAAGAAGACAUUUUGGCAAAGAAAGAAGUUCUAGAGAACUUACUGGAAGAUAAAAGUGUUAUUGAACAGUUAAAUAAGAAAGCAAACUCGUUGGCUAAAACGCUGAUUGUUGCAUUACGUGAUCAGCAUCUAUCACCACAUUCAUUAGAACAAAAAUUGAACCAUUUAAACCAGCUUGAUAUUGAGCUGUCAGAUGACCUGAGCACAAAACGUUUGUUACUGCAGGAUAAAUUGACAGAAAUUCAGCAUUACUCGGAGCAGUUAAAUACUUUGUGUACAGAAGUUAACCGACUAUUAGAAGAACUCCAAAAAGUUAAUACUUUUGAUGAAAAAAUAUUUAAAACUGAAACAGCUCUAAAAGAAAUUAAAACAAAAGCAAAGGAUUUUUCAGGCGAAAAAGAAAAAAUCAGUACGCAAAUUAGCGUUCAUUAUUUGGCGGUUCAACCGUUUAUUCCAGCAGAUUUAACUAGUCAAAUUAAUUCAUUGGAAAAUCUUUUAAGAAACAUAUUUUCACUCAUGGAAGAAUUCGAUCAAAGUUUCAAACGUGCAAAAACUGUGCGCACUGCAUACUUCGAACUAUAUGAUAGAGUUAAAACAUGGAUCGAAAAUGCAGAACUAACUAUUAGUAACCAUAAUAUAGAUCCCAGUGAGAUGAAAACAAAAUUAUUGAUUUUAAUCAAUAACGUUGAAGACGUUCAAUCGUCAUUUGAUAAACUUCUCUUGAAUGGUAAAGAAAUAAUUAAAAAUAGUUCCAGUAACAACGACAAAAUGACCAUGCAAUCAAAUAUGGAUCAGAUAUCUCAGGAACUUAGCAAAACAAUUCAACUGGUAGAAGAUAAAAACAGAACAAUUGAUCAUAUCCUUGGAAAUUGGGCAGAAUUUAUGCGCCUGUAUCAAUCAGUAGUGGAAUGGUCAUCGCGCACUCGUGAAUUACUAGAAAGAAAACUUCAACUUAAUUCAAUUCAUGAAGCGCACAUGGUUUGCCAGUAUUAUUCGAAUGCUGUUUUGAGUUUAAGUGGCGUUUCACAGCAUCUAAGCGAAAUGAAUCAUGAAUUCGAUAAGAUUAAUGAGGUUUGCUCAACUGGUUUUCUAAAACAAAAAAUGUACGAAGCCGAAACAGUUAAAGUUGAUAUAGAAACCGUGUUAUUGGAAAGGAACUUGUUCCUUCAAGAAACAACAGAAGAGUGGCAACAAUAUGAAAAUAAAAUUGAAAGUGUGAAGAAAUGGAUUAAGGAAUCCUAUGAGACAUUGGGUUCUACUGAGCUAAGGAUUAAGCCUUUGCGAGAUCAAAUCCGAGUACUCGAACAAAUGCUUGCUGAUAUUUCGGCUCAGAAAAUUAAAGUUAACAUGUCGUUAGAAAAACUUCAGGUUCAUUUUCAUUCGGAUAUCGUAUGCACUGACAAUUCUAAUAUAAUUCAAUGUGGGCGGUCAGUAAUUCGUGAUCUUGAGAAGUUGAAUUGUGAUGUACAUGAAGCAACACAAAACCUAGAUGAGACAUUGUCGCAAAUUGAAGACUGUCAACAGGAAUUGCAAUUGAUUAGGCAAAAUAUUGUUCAAGAAGAACAACAGCUUCGAAAUAUAUUAUCCCCAUUACACCAAUCUAACUCGAGUGACAAACACGAACAGGAACCGUCGAUAAAUUGGAACCAUGUUUCUAAUGUACAACUACUACCUGUAUGCCAAAUAAAACCUCCAAAGCAUCCAGCUGUUACGCACAUCGAAAACAAGGAUCACGUUUCCAAUACAAUAUCAUCAUCAAGUGCGACUAGUUCGACAAACACAGCAUCAAGUAUGAACUCAAGUUCAUCUGCUGUUUGGAAUGCAUCUGACCUCACAUAUGCAGAAGUUGUAGCAGGUUUGCGACGCCAACGGCAACAACUAACAAAUAAAUCCACUUAUAUUAAAAAUACAUCGGAUAUAGCAGAAAAAAGUGCAGCUGCUGUCUUUCCUAGUUCUGUUCAAUCGAAACUGUUUGUUGAGAAAAAUGACAACUGUGCAGAGAAAGAUAGGGAAUGUUUUAUAGGUGCAAAUAAUCGUAAUAUUUUGCAACCAACGAAUUCAAAGGAAACCAAAUCAAAAAUACGCCGUUCUAUCAAAACUUCAACCACAACUAAUAAAUUAGAAAACACUAAAAAUCAUAACAUGAAACUUUUGUCUGGGAACGUAGACAUAGACAAUUCAAACUCAAAAAAGAGUAAUAGCAGUAAAACAUAUGCAGCAGUACUAAAAAAUUUAAGUAGCGAUGAUACCGAGCAGCUACCUAUUUCCAAUUUGUCCCUAACAACAUCUCUGAAACCGCAGUUGUGCGAAUCAACAUACCAAGAGUUGGAUACAGACGAUAAAAUUAAUUCGAAUAAUCUAAAACACGCGAACUUUGAACAAGAUAUACCAUCUGUAAAAGUUUUAGUCCAGAACCUAAACAAAAAACAAAAUAAAAAAAGUAUGCAAAAGAAAUCUAAGAUAUUCACUGACCAAUCAGAAAAACAUAUUUCUCGCCCUGAAGCAUUAUUACGAGAAACUGCUAAUGAACCAAUCCCAGAGCCGGUAACCGUUGCGGUAACCAGUCAAACUUUUGACCAAGACAAGAGUAGAAGAAAAAAAAUAAAGCAUAAACCCAAGCAUUCAAACAAACAAAUAAAUAAUUUGGCCGAUGAUACAACAGAACAUAAACUGUCCGAUACCGUUCAUUCAAUCAACACAAUAGAAAUUUGUACCAAAAGAAGUACCAAUGAUAUUUCAAUUCCAAAUAAUGCUGAUAUUUCCAUUGUUGAAAUCCAACAUCACGUCAACGCCACUGAAUGCUUAACAAGCAAUUCUCCUGAAAACCCUCGCGGAAUACCGUCUGGGUCGGCUGAAAAAAUGCAGAAAGAGGGCCACUCAAUACCAAAUACGACUCUUAAUACUGUUGAUACUUCAUCAGAAAGAUACAAGAAAUCGAAGAAAGAUAAACAUGCAAAAACUCAAAAGUGUCCUUCAUCGGAAAAAGCGGAGGAGAAGAAAGUACUCAACCAAACAGAGAUCUUAAAAUCAUCCACAAAUGAUUCAACGACUUCACUGCAAAAAUCAGACACCCUGCCUUCAAGUUCGACGUUCGUUUCUGAAAUCCAAUUAACACAUCGGAGUGAUAAAAAUCAAGCGCCAAGUAUCUCUUCUAAUGAAUUCAGAACUAAUCUUAUAUUUGAGGAUUACGACUUUGUAACUUUACCACAAAAUUUCAGAACUGCACCAGAGACAGAAUCUGCAGGAAAAAAUGAAUGUCUGACUCUUCCGUUAGCUGGCCGUGAGACGGCAGACUUCCAUAAUGUUCGACUGAAGUCUAACGAUAAAUCUAAACAAAAUGAAGAGAUUGUAUUUCCUUUGGAACAAGAACGUUCAAACCAAAACAAUCAUUUUAGCAAAAAUGAUGAAAAUGACUCUAACUCAUUUAUAGUCAACAAAAAUUGGUGUAAUAAUCUUCAGAAAAUUUCCAUGAUUACGCAUGAACAAUAUCUCUUGAACCCAAUUUCACAUAUAAAACUAGAGCUACCGAAUAUUGUUUUCGAGAAAGGUGACGGUAAAAGAAAAGAGAUGUUAAUGAAUAUACAACAUGAAGCAGAAAUUCUGAACGAGUUUGCAAAAAAUCUCGAUACACUAGCUCGCGACAAGCUGCAGCUGGCUACUGAAAUAUCUGUGCUCGAUACUACUAACAGUGAACCUACAGAAUUGACUGAAAAAUGUGCAGAACGAAUAUCAGAAAUUGAUUCAGUAGUCGGUACAUCAAAUUUAAUAGCAGAUGUUACAAAACAGGUUGAAGUUUUACCAACAGCAACUUCAUCAAUAAUAUUGAAAACUACCACAAUUUCUAUUGAAAAUUCAGAUGAACAAGAAUCAAUUGAUGAGUGCUACCUAAAUCAGAGUUUCACUCAAGGGGAAUUUAGAGAUUAUAUUGGGAAAUUACCAACAGUUGAUCAAUGGGUUGAAAAUAAAAAUUUUAUUGAUUCAUGGAAGCCUCAAAAAUGCAUGAAUGACAAAGAAUCAAACGAUCGCUUAGAUUCUCAGCAACAUAAUGUAUCUAAACUGCCUACAAAUAUUUUUGAAGGACAAACCAAUAACGAAUGUCCUGUAUUUUCUCAAGUCAGUUCAAGCGAUAAUACCUUAAUAUCUGUGGACACAGACUCUAACCCAAAUCUUACUAGAAAACAAUCCCACAUGUGCGCAGAAAGAAACAUUGCGGGAAACUUGCUUUCCGAUUCGACCUGUAGUGAAAAAUUGACGGAUGUCUGUGAACAAACUAUUCGCUUUGCAAUAACGAAUAAUACGAAAAGUUCUAUGGAAAGUCCUGAGGGUCACAAUUUAAGAGAGAUACAUACAAUAUCUAUUGAGCCUGCGGCAACAUACGAAAUAAUUGAACAAGUGCAAAAAAGUUCGGUACUUUCUCAGCAAAAUCUUUACCAAAAAGCUAUUGACAAUAAUGGCAUAGAUAUUAAAGACAUAAAAAUUGGUUCCAUUAUUGCAACUGAUGCUAACUUUGUAAUUGAUGUCGAAGAAUUGACAAACAAAAGAGUUGAAAUUCUUCGAAGUAAUCUAAAUGAAUCCACCAUCACACAAGACGCUAUCGACAAUACAUCGUCAAAAUUAUCAAUUACAGCUAACACAACUUCUGCUGAGAAAAAUGAAAUUACAGCUAAGUGUCUUACUGAUACGAUUGAAUUUGAUAGUGUCAACACCAGUUUAUCGAGACAUCUUUCCAACGAGUAUCCAGUUACUUCCAUAAUCACACAUCCAAAUCUCAUCUCCGUAUUAAAUAAUACAUCCGAUGCCUCGUCAGUUGCAACAGUAGCAGAUUAUGACGAAAAAGAUAAUCGUGAAGAUAUACCUAGGAUUCCAAAGGAAAUGCGUCAGUUGGUAUUAUCAACCAGUGACCAUGAAGCCAGUUUAACACUCUGCGGAAAUGAUUUGGACGAUAAAACAUGUAUAAACAAAACACCUCCAGAACUUUUGCUUGACGAAAAAGUUCAAAAAGAAGUGAUUGAACUAGAACCAAAUUAUAAAACAACAGAAUAUUUAUUAAAAAAUAUGCACAAGGAAUCAAUUCAAAACGAACACAUUAAUAUUACAUCUAGCAACAAAGAAACGUCAAAUAAUGCAAUCGAAUCUUGUUUAUUGAUGGAUGAGAAGAUAGCAUCCUCGGACAAAAAUCGUCAUGCGAUGUCUAAAGUUCUCGUGCAAAUUAGUACGAAAGAUGAAAUAACAGUACAGCAACCGGAAACGCAAUGUACAACUUGUAAUAAUACUGAACAAGAUUGUCCUCGACAAGCAUGUGACGGACUAAUAUCGCAAGAACAGCCGAUCGAUCUGCAAGACCAACUGCAAGUUCCAGUAAAUGAAAAGCCUGUCUUCGCGCAUGGUUCAAUUUUAGUGACAAAAACUGACUACAAUAGUUGCGAAAAUAUCGGAAGUUUAGCACAAAUUUGUCACGUAAUAAUACCACAAGAACAAUCUAGUUCACUGGCAAAUUUCGAAUUAGAAGCAGAACACAUCGAUAAGUGCGAUAUUAGUCAGCUUGGCGAAGCACGCAUUUUAGCAAAUGAACAGCAUCAUCCCAGUCCUAUUGAUUCACUUACCGACGACGAAAUAAAUUUUAUGACAAAAACUGGCCUUGAACAUUGUGACAGUACUCAACAAAAACUAGAAGGACAGAGUUCAGAAAAACAAUGCACGGAGGAAAAUAUCCGAGUAAAUGAAACACAUCUCAGUCUACAUAAUUUAUGUUCCGCAGAUGAUUCAGCUCCAAUGACAAAAACUAACUAUGAGCUUUUUGAAAAUGUCCAGCAAGAUUGUUCAAUACUAACUCGUAACGAAUUAAUACAACAUAAACAACUAAGCUCACAAACGUGCCACGAGCCCGAAAGAGUUAGUUCAAAGCAAUUUAACGACCAGAUUGAGCAAGUACAGUUUGCACUGGAUGAUAAACAAUCUUCGAAUUUCAACAAUAAAUCAAAAAUAAUGUCGAAUGUCGAAUAUGAAAUGAAAGUUGCUGAAAUAGAAUCUCCACCAAUCAAUACGUGCAAUGAACCAGCACAAACGCAUCAAACUACUGAUACGCCCCAUUCAAUUAGACCAUCUAGUUUGUAUGAAAAUAACUCUAAACAUGCAGAAGAUGGAACAGUGGAAUUGACUGUUGUUGAUAUUUUUGCUCAAUCUACGAAUACAACCGACAGCUCAAAAAUAAGCAAAUUAUUCUGCAGUAAUGAACAGACUACGGAUUCAUGCGUUCAUUUAAAGGAUUUGUCUUCGUGUAUCAAGUCGGCAGUACCACCAUUGGAUGCACCGGAAUGCCAUGAAAGACAUAUAAAACAGGCUUCAGAACAAUCUAAAUUGUCAGCUGAAUCGAAUGAUCCUGUUUACGAAAGUGAAGAACUUACUCUAAUUCAAAUGCGUAACGAAUCGUUUCAAAAAGAUUCUGUUACAUUAGAUGAUCAGUGUGCUUCACAGGAAAAAAAAAUGUUACAGGAAAGCACAGAAAAACUACAAUUGGCAAUUGAAAAUAGCAUCUUUAUAGAAAAUAGUGUACGUGAAGCAGAAAAAUCGGCUAACGAUUUGCUGCGUGACGUAAAAACUAUUACUGAAGAAUACAUAAUGCAUGAUCCAGUUCACGAUGGUGAAGAACAGACUCUAAUUCAAACGCGUAAUGAACCUUUUCAAAAAAGUCCUGUCAUUUUAUACGAUGAAUACGCUUCACAAGAGAUACCAUAUGAGACAGAAAAACAAUUGGCGACCGGAGACAGCGUCUUUAAAGAAAGUAAUUUAGGUGAUGUAGAAAAACCGGCUAAAGAUUUGUCAUGUGACGUAAAAAUCAUAACUGAUGAAUAUAUAAUCCAUGAUCCAGUUUACGAUAGUGAAGAACAUGCUCUAAUUAAAAUGCGUAACGAAUCGUUUCAAAAAGAUGCUGAUAGUUUGGAUGCUGAGUGUGCUCCACAGGAAAUACAAAACGAAACAUUACAAGAAAGCACAGACAAUCUACAACUGGCGAUUGAAAACAGUGUCUCUAUCGAAAGUAAUGUACGUGAAGCAGAAAAAUCGACUAAAGAUUUGUUACAUGCUGUGAAAAGCAUAACUGACGAACACAUAACUUAUGAUAAAUCGUUACAAGAAACAUCACGAAAUGUUGAAAGCGCUGGGUUAAGUUUUCAAGUAUAUGAAACCGAAACGUCGAAGAAUGAUAAUGUAGUAAGUGUGAGUGGCAAUGCACACAAGUUGCGACAAAAAUACUAUGAUGAACAGGUUCAGGAUAACACACAUAAUCAGGAACAUGAAAAUUUAUAUGUCACUGAUAUGGUUGACCUAGACCCCGUUUGGAAAAAUGAAGACAAUAAACAAGCUAUGAAUAAGACGCAACUGGACACACGAAAUUCAGCUAGCAUACACAACAAUACAUUCGUUCAUUUACCAGCAAAUCAAAAUGACCAUGAUGGAAAUGUGCAAUACUAUUCAUAUAGUAAAAUCGAUAUAAUUUCUUUGGAUGAAAACUUGAAUGAUGAGGUUAGUUUGUCAGAAUCUGUGCAAUUAUCAGAUGUAGGGAAUAUAUCGGACGAAACAAAUAAAUUGUUUGGUGCUCUUAAUACUAAACCAACCUCAAUGCAAUUUACUAGUAAAAGUAUAGAAAAGUUGACCGCAUUUGACGAACCACUGGUACCGCAGGAGCUUGAUGAGUGUGUUAAUCAUAAAAUUACACAUACAAUCGAUAAGGUGCAUAGGUUACAAGAUACGGAAGAAAUUAUUAUUCUCAAAAAAGAAAACUUCGAUCCAUAUUCGAUGCAAGAGACUUGUGGUACUUCAGAAAAAUUGGACCAGGAGAUGAUCGAUGAUGGUUCAAAAGGUUCCGAUUUCGUUUUAGGCAAAUUUACUUUGGAAGGAAUAGAAAUUGAAAAUACAGGAUCAAUCAAAGAGAGAUUCACUUUAGAAGACAACUCAGAUGAAAAAAUAACAACAUACCCAGGAACGGAACUUCCUGAUUUUGACACCGGUUUAUCGAAAAAUAUUGAUCAUGCAGUUCAUGUAACUCCUGUUUCUAUUGACUCUCAAGAUCAUAUCGACAUACGUCAAUUAGAUUUGUACACAACACACAAAGAAACAAAUAAUGAUAAUUCUGAAAAUGCACAAUUCGAAGCAGAGAUGUUACCUAUUAAUAUCGAUUAUCCAGAGUCAGAAGCCAUAAUCGAGGAAAAUAUAAUAUCAUGCACUAUUGAUCAGAAAACGUUAAGUGAAAUUCACAAAAGUUUAGAGAAUCAAACUUCUGGUGAAUGUCCAACUAUAUUAAAGUCUUACAAGAAUAUGUUGUCAGAGUCAGAUGCUAGUAUAAGUGAUAAAUCCGUCUAUAAAUUCGAACAUGAAACAAUUGAAAUGUUAGAAAAACAAAAUAUUUCACCUGGUGAAGUAGAAACAAGCACUGAUGGUGAAAUGUUCAUCUCUGUAAAUAAUAAUGAGAAGAUGAAUCAAUCAAAGAUAAGGCCAGAAGACCACAAACAAAGCAGUAGUGUUUCUCAAGAUGAAUCAAAUGAAACUUUUUCUUCACAAAAUAUUGCAUUAUCUCCAGCUUCAAUGUUCAAUAUUGCUGAAAAUUCUACUAGCGUGAAACAGAAUAAUCAACAGGAAGAAAAAUUGAUUGAAUCGAAUCUAAAUCAUGUAAAAAUAGAUUAUACCAGUCGACAAUAUUUAGUCCAGCCACAUGAAAAUUUGAUAGUAGUAAAUGAAUUUAACAAAACAUUGAUGGAAGACAUUACCUUCGCUGAUACCUGCAACACGAUAUCAAUUCAGAGCAAACCGUUCCUGUUCAUCAUUGGCAAUGAUCAACUUUUGUCAACGAAAGAAUCACAAUCACAUAACUGCAAAUUGGCGUAUCCAAAUCAAUACGAAACUGCAUCUAACUAUAAUUACUGGAAGCUAAAUGACGCGGAAAGGCUUUACUUCGAAUAUUACAAUACUUGCAAUGUUACUCUUUCUGCACAAAAACCUGACAAGGCAGCAUUCCAUGACAGUCACCAAAAGGUUUGUCAUGAUCAUGAUAUACUCCGACAACAUUCACAAAUCAACAAUGAAAUGUCAGAAUUACCUUGUUAUCACGACAAAACAACACAUUGCGAUGAACCGAAUUCUACAAUAUUUGUUAACAAUAAUACUUAUAAUAAUGACAGCAGCUCAAGUAGAACAAGUUUGAUAGAUCUUACCAGAAAAUCCAACAAUGAAACAAGCCAACCCACAUGGCCAGAGCAAAUAUUGCAAACAAAUCUACAGUCCAUACCUUCUGAUUUAUAUUCCACAACUGUGGACAAAAAUCUAGAAAAACAUCGUUCAGUGGAUACAGCAUCGCUAAGAAAGGCAAAUAUACCGUCAGAACAACCUUAUAAAAAAUCUACAUGUUUUCAGUACGUAGAUGCUCCUAAUUUAAAUUAUAAUAACGAAAACACUUCUACUGAUAUUUACUGGAAGCAAAAUGAUGCAGAAAGGAUUUACUUCGAAAAUAUUACAGUCACACCCAAAAAAGGUUGUUCAGACCAAUCGCGUGUUAUGGAUUGCCAUACCUUGAAAACUACAUUACAAUCGGACGAAAUUGCAGAAAAUUCAGAAAAAUACUCAUCAGAAUGGGAUUUAGAUAAUAAAUUUAAUGGCGAUAUGAAUUUAAUGCAAAACAAAGAUAGAGUCGCAGAUUCUUUGACUAAAGUAAAGCUUGAAAUUGCUAUCGAUGAUAAUCAAUUAAAUAACGCUUUUAUUGACACGGUGAUAGAGAAUACAAUGUAUAGCACUAAACGAGUCAACAGUGAGGUUACACAUGCCGAGAAUUUAACGGAACGAGUGGCCAAAACUGACACUGACGAUCUACUUUAUAAUGUUUACAAGGACGUAUAUUGGUUUGACAAACCAAUUUAUGACAGCGCCGAAAAACAGUACCACAUUUUCAAGGCAACGGAGCAGUGUAAAGAUAUUUCUAUACUGAACAUACAUGUAAAGAAACCGAUCAACCAAAUACACAAUAACCUGGAAAACCCGGAAGCAAAUGGCGGAAUUACCGAUGAUAAUUUCACUAGAGUACCGAUUAAUACAAGCUAUACUGACAAACUGGAUUUCAAUAUGUCGAUAGAGAAUACAAGGUCUAGCUCUAAUCGAGCCAACAGUCAGAUUACAAAUACCGAAAAUUCAAUAGAACGAGUGGCUAAAACUUGCACUGAUGAUCUACUUUAUAAUGUUUACAAGGACGUAUAUUGGUUUGACAAACCAAUUUAUGACAGCGCCGAAAAACAGUAUCACAUUUUCAAGGCAGAAGAGCAGGGUAAAGAUAUUUCUAUACUGGAUAUACAUACAAAGAAAUCAACCAACCAAAUACACAAUAAUCUGGAAAAUCCGGAAGCAGAUGGCGAAGUUACCGACGCUUAUUUCACUAAAGCAUCGAUUAAUACAAACUAUACUGACAAACCGGAUUUCAACAAUGUUCAAGAUAUUUAUCACAAUUUAAAACAAUACGAAAACAAUGAAAUAACAUCGUUAUCAUAUUCAAACUUGCCAUAUGAAAACAAUAAAAGUCCCGAGUGUAGUGUGAAUUGCAAACAACAAACUGCCGAUAAAGAUUACUCACAUCUGCAGCAUCAAGCUACUAACACAUUAACCGAUUGUUCCUUGCAUCCUAUGUGUGUGGAUCCUAGCGCAGAUUCCCGAAGCAUUCCAAUUCCAGAGUAUCAUAAUUUACCAGGUUCGACAAACACCAUAGAACUCGGCAGUUCUAAUAACUUGGCUGGUAGCACAAUAAAUAAACAGCCGCUUACCGAAGGUGUAGAAAAUAUUUUGGAAGCACUUCUCUCUGCAGAACUGAAAAUGAACAAUUUACCAUAUGACAACAUAACUGAUUUAAACAGGGGAUUACAAGUACUCAUUGAGAAACUAGAUUAUUACAAACAACAAAAUCAAGCUAUUUCCAUGUCUCUACCACAAAACGCCGAUUGUAAAGUAAAGGAAUCAGUUCAAAACAUCAACGAACGAAUCGAUUUUAUGAAACAAAGAGCUCAUGACGGACUAGAAAAAAUACAGCAUACUUUAGCAAUGCGGGAAGAGCGAAAAUUGGAAGUACGGAAAUAUCUCCAACUUUUAGAAGAAAUUGAAAACUGGCUUUCAACUGAAACUAUUCAACUAGCUGAUUUAGAUAGACAAUUAUCAAUAUCUGAGUUUUCACAAAUUUUGGAGCAAAAUGAAAGAAUAUUGGAGAAUCUCAAAGUAAAUGAAGUCAAGUCUAUGGAUAUGUAUAUAAAAACACAGGAAUAUAUGGUGUACGAGGAUGUACAAGAUCAAAUAACCACAUUACAAGAAAGCCUCUCAGUACUGACACGAACGCUUCGUGAGAAAGCUUUGAUAAUUGAGAACAAUAUUCAACGCGUCAGAGCACAUUUAAAUUCUGAAGACAAUAAGACAGUAGAUAUCGAAAUACAAACUAGCCCUACUUUUACAAUGAACUCAAUCAACACAACAGCAAUAGAACUUCUAGAUUCAGCAUCGCAAACCCAGAAUGAUAGAUUAACAGAUAAUAUACUUGUUAUUCAAUCUAUUUCUAAAGGACAAGAGAUCAUUCAAAUUUCUAAUGUAAGUAAAACUCGUCUCCCAGAAACCACAAAUGAUGUUGUUGUUGAAGCAAGAUACACACAACCUAUCCACGGAGAAAGAGACAAAUCAUCUGAAUUGAUGCUUCAAAACAUUCCUGGUCAGUUUGAAACAAUUUUUGUUGAACCGGAUAAAAGUACAACGGAAAUCAUUGUUGACAAAGAUGGAUCGAAAAAAAUAAUACUCAAAAAAGUUGUUCAUGCAGCAGAGGUAUUCGAAACAUAUGAAGAAGUUGCACCGGCUUCUAUCUUAACAAUUGGUGAUUUGGAAACGGAUGUUGUUGAAGCCGAAGGAAUCGUACAUGAACUCAAAAGCGAGCCGCAAAAUCAAUUCCCCGUAAACGAAGCGCAAACCAUAGUUGAUCAAAUUUUAGCUGACAUUCACCAGCAGGUUAUACCAACAUCAGAGUCAGAAUUUGAAUCAAUGGAAAAACAUGAAAACUCUCGAGAUUCACAGGUAUUCGAAUCUGUUGCACCUAAAGUAGAUUUGAUUGCUUCUAUUCUUGAACCACCAACUAGUACUACAUUUAGUAUGCAAAAUACAUUUGAAACUACUGAUAAACUUACCGAAACACAAUGUUCCUUUAUACCAAACAGUACUGACCAACCUAUAAUAUCUGUAAGUGAAAUAUGGCCUGUAUUACACGAUGAUGCAAACGUAUCUCCCACGAAAUGUAUUGAAAGACCGCAAGUGCCUAUCAAUAGUAUCGAUUCAAUUGAGCAAGCGGAAUAUAUUGAAGCUUCUAAAGUGUGGCCAACAAAUUUAGAUAUUGGAAGUAAAAUUACAUUUAAUGAGAACCCAAUUGAUCCUAGUUUCGAAAUAUUGGAGCCGAAACUUUUGGAUAUUACGGAACCAGAUCUUAUGCAAAAUACCGCGUUAUCAACUAUAGCGAGAGAAGAACCUGAUACGAUAACUGUCCUAAGUGAUACUAUGGAAAUUCCAGAAAACAUUCAAGUACCAGGGUUGAAUGAACUAAAUAAAGAAUACAUAAGUGAAAGUUCCAUUGCCGCAAACACUAUAAGUUUGUGUCAUUCUGGUUCUAGCGAUGCAGCGUCUUCAGUACAAAUUGAAGACUACCCUGACAGUAUUAAGAAUCACCCUAAGCAAUUUUUACCAACAGAUGCCGAAGGGUAUAUGGAAACUGAUUCUUCCAAACUCGCAGUUCAAGUAUCAUCAUCAAAGGAUUCGCAGGAAGUAUUAAAACUAACGCUUAAUGUUGAUACUGCUGAUACAAAAAAAAUUAACGUUAGUUUAAUAGAACUCACAUCGCCGGCUGGUCAAGUAAUACCGGAUGUAGCAAUAGAUUCUGAUAAAAACAAUGAACUCGACAAAAUAUGUAUCGAUAAAGAAUACGAAGCUGAUACAGCAUCAAUGGAGAGCGGAUCUGAUGAUUCCGAUAUGCUAAAAAAGAAAAAACGGCACAAAAAAAGGAAAUCAAGGGAUGCAACAGAUAAAGGAGUCAACACUGAAAACUCAUUGCGCGCUGGUUUUGUAUCAGGAAAUCAAUCUCCUGAAUGCCUGCAAGGUUUUGAAGAAAAUUAUCCUGCUUAUACAGCGGAAAGCAUUGUCGAAAACAUCCAAGAAAAAAUUAUAUUACCAACGCAAGUAAUAGAAACCAUUUAUGUAGAAGAUGUACAUCAACAAACAAGCCCAGUUCCAAUAGAAGAAAUCGAUAGUACUCUGGAUUUAGAAAUUUCUGAAAUUACGUCUGAUAAACUUAUUAUUCCUAUUGCUAUUGAACAAAAAUCUAUACAAACAUCUCCUGAGUAUGAAAUCACAAAAACGUCCCAUCAAACAUCACCAAUUAUGCAACCCCAAGAAUAUGAUGUAAAAGAAGUACAAACUGUAACUGAUGUAACAGCGAUUGAAACGCAAACCAUUGAGCCAGAACAAAAAAGUAAUAAGGAGCAAGAAAUUCAAACUGAGCCCAGCAUUGACACGACAGAUUUGAGCCAACCUGCGGUAGAGAUUGAAUUAUUACAUUCUGCUAAUCAAACGGUAUCUGUAUGUACAGCUGAUUCAGAAAUUCAAACAGUAGAAAGCGUUGAAGAUAUUAUAAACCCCAUUAUUACAAACAUUGUGCACGCAGUAAUUCCUACAGAAAUCAUAGCUAGUGCACGAUUCGUGCAAACAAGUCCAAUACAUUCGAGAAGAUCAAGUGAAGAUGGUCAACAUUGUAUGACAAUCCCAAUACAUCAUGAGAGCAUUCAAACUGUUCGAACAGAAGUCGUAGAUGCGUAUAUUAGCACAGACAAUGAAGUCAAUAACCGAGCGACUUCUCCUAUCAUGCAUUGCAAUACAACAGAAAUAGAAACACAAACAAGUCCUACAGAAAAUAUAGGUGAUUUUGAUAUAUCAAAAAUAAACGAGCGCUUGGAUAUAUCAUUAAAUGAAACAACAGCUGAAGAAAUAACAACAAAUGCUAAACCUACCGAAGUGAAAACCAGUGAAAAUCAAUCACAAACGAUACCAGUGUCGGUCAGUAAUAUAACCGAAACCAUGCCUAGUACUAGUACUCAAACUUUUGAAUCUGAUGCAUACAUUGAAUCUAGUCAAAAAGAAAAGUUUGAGCCUAUUGAAAUUGAAAUACACACUGAAGUAACUGUACCUAGAAUAUCGUACGUAUCCAGCCCAAUCACAGUUACAAAAACUACCGUUACAGAAAAUAAUGCGGAUGCCAGUGGCGAGUAUAAUCUUCAUAUUCAAAUGGCCAUAGAACCAGACCAAACAUGCUCUGCAUCUAGAGACAUUUUUUCGGAUGACAAAGUUUGGAGCUUAAGUGUGUCUGACUUUUUUUCCAUUAUAAAAUCACAAAAGAGCGUGGCAGAUAAUAAUUCAAUUCCAUGGAACGAGAUUACAAAACUGCUAACUAAAAUAUACUACACUAAAGGAUAUCGAGAAACGCAACACCCUAUCACAAUUAAAGCACCAAGUAUAGAAGAAGAUGUGGAAAAUGAUAUACUACAAUUGGAAGAUGUACCAAAUCAUCUGCAAAUGAAUGCACAUAACCUUCAAAUACAACAUCGGAUAUUAUUCGAAGUGUUGGAACACAUGAAUUUACAAAUAGCUGAUGCCAAAUGUCUCCUACACUCUCCGUGCAAUCUAAGUGAGCAUGAUCGCUUGAAGCUCUAUCAUUUCCUUAGUUCAAGAUUUGCAUAUUUACAAAAGCAUAUCAAGCGCAUUGAGCGAUAUGUCAAGACAAAAAACGUAAUGCCUUGUGAAGACAUAAUUGCUUCCUUCGAAUGCACAACGAAAAUAAUCAGUUUAUUGCAAAGUGAUAUGCUUCAAAUGGAACAAAUACAUCUGAAAAACCAAAAGCAAAACGACAGUCUCCUAAACACGUUACACUGCAUCAAAAAAGAUUUGACAUUAUUUGAAGAACAAUUAAGAGUUGUAUGUAUGAAUGAAUCGCUUUCAAUCGUUGAAAAAAUGAGUCAUGUAGAUGAAAUUGAAAACCAGCACAAAGACUGUGCAAUGCAACUGCAUUCAAUUUCCGAAAAACUUCACACCUAUAAACCAGACUCAGUCGACAGCCGCGUUAAUGUUGAGUUGGAAAGUGCCAAGAAAAUGUCACAUAAAUUAGAAGGCAACAUCAUUUUGGAGCGUAAUAAAUUGCAUCAACUGGACAGCUUAGCACAAGAAUAUGAACAAACACUCCUAGAUUUCAACGAAAUAUCGACCGAAGCGGAAAAAUUCAUAGAUAACGAAAUUGUUACCGCAAGUCUGCCGGAGCUCCAGGAAGAAAUGCAGCGAUAUAGAAAAUUUUUUGUGAAUCUGAAUCAUUGUAAAAUGAUUCUUGAGUCAUUAGAAUCAAACUUGGAUCCUAUAACGCGUAGAAAGCACGCACAUUUACAUUCUAAACUUUAUCACAAAACAACAGAUAUUCUUGAACGCGCGGUAGACAGAGCCGCCAAACUAGCUCAAGCGGCAUCAAAGUGGACAAUAUUUGAAAAAGAUAUGCGUGAAGAAAUCCAAUGGCUGCAUGUUGCCCAACAACGUAUUCCAGACAUAAAGAAUGUAUCAACCGAGGAUUAUGAACAAUAUAUUACGUUAUAUCAAUCGUUAAAUCAAGAUAUACUUUGUCAUAAACUUAAAAUGACACAACUUAGUGACAUAGCCAAGAAGAUACAAGAAUUAAUAACAGCACCAAUUUUGGCAAAAGAAAACAAUGAAGCUCUUAGUAUAAUUAUUCAUCUGAGAGAAGAAGUAUCUCUGUACCUAAAUAUGUUGACGAAAUUUAAAAACUACUGGAGCCAAUAUAAUAUUUAUGCAGACAAACUUAGGAAUUGGAUUGGUUCUAGUCAAACCAUAAUUAACGAAAUAAUAAUACCGACAAGUCUUAUGGAUACAUCAGUACAAGAUAUGCGCAAAUUUUGGGAGAUAAAAGCGCAGUAUGAAGUGUUAAACAAUAAAGUGUAUGUUAGCACAUGUGAUUCUUUUGAUCUUGCAUUAUCCACUAUUGUAAUUAGUGACGAAAAAAUUCAACGACAAGUACACGAACAAUUGAUGAUAACAUGGGAAGAUAUUUCUUCUAGUAUAUCAAACAUGCAAAAACAUAUAUUUGAAUCGAUAAACACAGAUACCACAUCACCCAAAGAGAAAAUUGCAUUUAUUGAACAAGAACUGCGGGACAUUUCCAACGUAUUUAACAAUAACAAGGGAGUGCUGAAAAGCAGAGAUGAUCUAUAUGUGUACAUCGAAAAGAUGCAAAUGCUUCAAACUCGGAUUAAUUUAAUAGAAACUGAGCUAGGCCAAUUGGCAGUGGUACUAGAAUGUAGCGUGGAAACAAUAAGCGAACUGUUUGAAGUUUCCAGACAUUUGUCGUUACAAAUCGACGAAGAACAUGAAAUAGCCGAAAUGUUUAACAAACGACUUGAAGAAAUAGAAUCUGGAAUCAAUGCAGAAGAAAAACGGCUCGUUUCGCUAUCUAAGCUGCUAGACGAUAGCUCAGACCAUCUAAAUGGGCAGCGCCCAGAUGUGGAGAAAUCACUUGAAAACUGCAAAUCAUGCUUGUUCAAUUUGGAAGAUUCGUGGACUGAAAUAAUGAAAUUGAGACAGUUCCUUCACACUUUACCAAUGAAUUUAAGAAUUUCCGUAUCCCCAUUGCAAACCGAAAGAGACCUAUCUGUGCUUCAAAACAUUCACAGUGACUUAGAACGAAAAUGUAAAACUGACAUCAAUUUGUUGCGCAAUAGAUUGGCUUUGUGGAACAAAUUCUAUCAUCAAUUAGACAUCAUCCAGGAACAUAUUCAAGAAACAGAAUUUAUGAUGGAAAUAUUGAAAGUUCAAGAAAGUGCCGAUUACAAUCGUUUACUAAAAGCUACAGAGCGGUUGGAUGCGCUUUUAAAUGAAAUUGAGAGUAAGAAAACUUCUAUCGAUGAUUUAAAAUCUAUCGCACAACCGUUAAUAGAAACAUCCCACACAAAUGUAUCACAAGAAAUCCAAGAUACAGUUCAAAAAAUUACAGUAGUGUGGGAAAAUACUCGCGAAAGCUUACGGGACUUGUGUCAAAGGUAUGAAAAUGCAGUAAAAUUGUGGCAGCAUUACCAUGACGUUACUGAAGCAGUAAAAAGCUGGAUUAGUAUCGAGUUUACUGAUUUUGAUACUCUGAAAAAUAUCAAAGAUUUGCCUAAACUGGAAUUUUACCAAUCUGCAAUAGCCGACAAAAAAAACGAUUUAGAGAAACUCAAACAUCUCAUUAGCGAUAUCAAUGGGCACGUCGGGUUUAACAUUGGUAGUGUUUUAUUAUCCGAAAUAGAGGAAUUUGGACAAAAAUUAGAAGGAAUAGAGGAAAACCUGUCCACGCAAAUCAAUGUAAUAGACACGUACAAUACUCAGCUAGAAGAGGACAAGCGUACGCUAAAUGAUACCGAUAAACUAAUCGAACAUUAUCAUCACGACAUACAACUUCCGAAAUUGGAUACCAGUUUAAGCGACCAAAUCAUCAACCUUAGAGCGUAUAUGAUAAAUUUAAGUUGCACAGAGUCUCGUUUAAAAGAUAUCGCAAAUAAAUACCUAGUCCAAGAGCCGGAAAAUAAUCUAAAGGACAAAUUUAAAAAUUUGCAUGCAUUGUCGCGAUCACUCUUGCAGGAUACAUUCCAACAAUAUCAAAACAUAUUAGAACAAUUUGUGCAACAUAACAAUAAUGAAAAUGUAUUACUAUUUUGGCAGGAUUAUUUAAGAUAUGUACAAACAUUCCUAGAUCAACACAUUCCAAGUCAUGCUACAGAGUUACAACAACUACGUGAUCAAUGUUCGUUAGUUGAAUUUCUUCUAACGAAUUUGAAAACAAAUUUAAUGAAAAGAUCGGCAAAUGACGCCGAGUUUGCAAGAAUAUCCGAUUCGGCUGUUCAGCAAAACAAUAAUUGCAUUGACGAAUUAAAUGUAAAGAUGUGUGAAAUUGACAACAGAUUGUUCCACUGGCAAAAUUUUAAACUAAAUAAAUCUAGUUUAAAUCAAUCCAUUGAUGAUAUUGAGCGAGAAAAAUUCACGCUUCAACUGGAAUACAUUAAUCUAAGGGAACUACCACAACUGAUCGCUAAGGUUAUAAAACUGAAAAAUCGCUUUCCACAGGUGGACGCAAAUUUACACAAUCUACACAAAGAAAUGACCGAAUUGAUUUUAUUUACAAAAGACGAGCAUUUGGUUGUUCAAAUUAAAACCGAGCACGGUAUAAGCUCAAACCAAAUAGGAAAGUUAAAAGACAAUGUUGAAACUUGGAAUAAAUUUCUGGUUGGAGUCGCCGAACUUUAUAAUUCAUUUAAUUCACAGUGUAACAGAGUUCGGAAUAGUUUGAACGAGCUUAAUGAAUGUCUAGAUGGGUUUAUAAACAAUCGUCUAGAGACAUCACAACACCAUUUGAAUAUGCUAAAGAACGAACGAUUGCGACUUGAAACAAUUAGGAAUGAGCUCAUAAAUAUUAACAUUGCGAAAGAAGAAUUGCUGCCCUGCAUCAGCAUUUUUGAUUCUAAACUUAUACAUAAACAUGCAUGGGAACUAUUGCAAUUGUUUGAAAAAAUGGAUCAUACUUUAUCAACAGCUCAAAAACAAAUGCAAGAAAGAUUAGAAAAUCAAAAAAGCUUUACACGUCAAUAUACGCUUUUAACAACAUGGAUGUCUGAAUUCGAACAUCGUGUAAAUGAUACCAAUAAGUACAAAAACUGUGAGGAUGACGCUGUCUUCAUUAAAACAGUUGAAGAAAUGCUACUAAAGGAAUUGUCACUGAAGGAAUAUGAAGUAAAUUGGCUAAAUACGAUUGGUAAAGACUUGACCAAUAAUCUGCAGGAAGGAGAAGAACGUUCCGAAAUUUUGACAAAACUCGACUAUUUAAAUAACGUGUGGAGCACGUUAAUAAGGCUCUGUCGCGAUCGAUCGCAAAAAAUAAUGGAAGUUGACAGCACGAGUCUGACUUUGCAACAACGAGUUGCAGAAAUCAAAGUAUGGAUGACCUCAAUUGAGCAGGAGUUGAGAAAACCGAUACGGUUUGAAAGCACAGAUAAAGCACAAGUGGACAAACUUCUUGAUGACUAUGAAACAUUGCAACGGGCUAUCGAGUGUAAUAGCAGUAAUGUGGGCGAAGUUCUUAAUCUUUGCGAAAUGCUCUUCACAGAUGUUGAAUCGUGGAAUGUUCAUAUUGACCGAAAGCAAAUUCAUCAGGAUAUAAACGACUUGGAGCUUAGAUGGAAAAAUAUUUGCUUAGAAUCCAGCAGUAGAAAGCAAGAUAUGUUGUCAAUUUGGAACAUGUUAAUUGAAAUUGACAAAAUUGUAGAGUCUCAUAAAGUUUGGAUAGAAAAAACCAACAAUUACUUAGCUGAAAAGGCCGAAAAAUUAACACAAACGAACGCCGAAGAUUUAUAUGAUGCUGUGGAAGAGUUUGAAAUAAAAACUUCGGAUAUAGCUGCACAAGAACCCAUAUUACAAGUUCUAAAAAGAUUAUUCGUAUCAAUACAUAAGCACGGCAGUAUUGACGGAGAUAGUCUAAAAGUAGUUACUUAUGAAACCAAGCAUAUGCUUUCACUAUGGAAUACGCUUACUCCUAGAUCAGAGCAAAUCAAAAUGCAAUUAGAUGACUUGAAAAAUAAGUACACGUGUUUUAUCAAUGAGUAUGAGAAUAUCAUCAUGGCUUUAACACAAAUCGAUGUGCAAGUAACUAAUAUUGUACAUUUAGCAUCUGAAGACACUCCGGAAUUCAGACUGAAGCGGCUACGAAAUUUGCACAACGAGCUUCGAUUUGUUGUAAAUCUUUUUGAUGCUCAAGAUGCGAUUGGGAGUGCUUUAAUAAAUCAAUUAUCUUCAAACAGUAUGAUGGCGGCUGAAAUACAACAUAAAAUGCAAGAAUAUCAUCAAUUAGCAAACAAUAUAAAGCAAAGCUUAGAUUCUACACUGGCUGAUACUAUUGAAGCAUCAGAAAAACAUAAGAAUCAACAAACCCGAGGUACACUAACAAAGGCACUAGAAAAAGACACAGCAGUGCAAGUAAAUACACUGCCUGAUACGAUACUAACUUGUAAAACUAUCACAGCUAAAGAUGCUUACCAGUAUCAACUUGAAACAGCUCUCAAUGAAGCACGAAGUCAUCUCAAUAAUUUCAUUCACUCAAUUUCCGAAGUUAACGUUAGUAAUAUCUUGACCUCAACUCAAAAAGUUACCAAAGUAUUAUCCGCCUGUGAAUCAUCCAUCGAACUUAUAAAACAUCUUAACUUGAUGUUAUUGUCAGAAGAUCAAAAUGGCGAGAAUGGUGAAAUAAGCAAACUAGUUCAAAUUGAAUGUGACAAAUUUUCACAGUACCUAUUAGAAUGGCGAGAAAAGCAGCGAAAACUGGAAGAAUUAAGCAACGAUGACUACCUUACUUGCCCUCUCUGUACCAACCGCAACUGGCAGCAGAUCGAUAAUGACUUAUGGCGUUUAGAACAGUGGUUGAUCAUGGCAGAAGCUACACAGAAAGCUCAAAAUGCAAAUCCACCAACAGAUAUUGACACACUUGAAGACACUAUUCAAGAUCAUCGGGAGCUAUUAUUAGACCUAGAUAGCCACAAAGCUAUCAUAAAGUCACUAAACAUUGUUGGAGAACAUUUAGCUACACAUACUUUAGAUACUGAGAAGGCUUUACAAUUGAAAGAACGAUUGAACACGAAUAAUAAGCGAUGGGAGAAAGUAUGCAAUCAAGCUUCUCAUUGGCAAUCACAAUUGCAUCGCGCGCUAAUGGAAAACCGUGAGUUUCAUCGAACAAUAACUGAGCUUUGUAUCUGGUUGGAGGAAACCGAAAAUAAAAUUAAAAUAUCAGAACCGAUCGACCUGACGUCCGAUAAAAUUCAAAUGGAAAGAAAAUAUAAAAUAUUCAAAGAGCUAAGGCAUGACUUAGUUCGAUGUGAGCCGCGAAUUGUGAGCUUGCAAGAAACGACAUCUCAAUUAACAAAAUAUUUAGAAUCGGAUAAAUCACAAAACUUUGAUGAAAUAUACGCAAAAUUAACUGAUUUACGACUGCGAUUUCACUCUAUUCGAAGAUUGGUAGAAAUGUACACAACAAAAAUAGCAACUGCUCUCGGGUAUGACUUAGCUGAUGAUGUGAGCAUAAGCGCAACAUCAGCUUUAAGUACACAAGAGAUUGAAGACCCUAGCGGAUUGUUCACAAACUUAGCAGCACAUGAGUCCUUUGCAAAUGCUCCCGAAGAAACCGAGGAUCAAAUCAACACCACAAUUUUAACGAGAAGCUACCGGUUUUUGGGACGUGUUGUCCGUGCAUCAUUACCAAUACAGGCCAUGCUAUUGUUGGUAUUAGGCGUAGUCACGCUCAUGCCCCAUGGUGAAGAUUACUCCUGUUCGCUGACAAAUAAUUUUGCUAGAAGUCUAGAACCGAUGUUACGUUAUCCCAAUGGACCACCACCAAUUUGAACGUGAUUGAAAGAAACUAUAACAUUUUCCCCAAUGAUAAAACUCUGUUGUAAGAUAUAACAUUGUAACCAUUUUCUCUGUUUUACAAUCCGUUGUUUAUAAAAAAGUAAAAAUUUAUGUUGAAUAUUAAUGUUUACGUUAUAUUGCAUUUUGUUAUUUUACUAAGAUAGUUACCGGUAGCGGUUGUUACAGUUCUUUAAUUACAUUACAAUGUGCAAUACAAUUAUAUGUUCCAGUUCAUUUCGUUAAAGCAUAAGAAAUAUUAUUACUAUUGUUUCAAAAAAUUUUAACUAUUAUUAACUACUAUUAUUACGACUACAACUAAACGUAGCAUGUCCAAAAAUUGUAACGAUAAAAAUAAU